UCACAACAAUACAAUAAACGAAUAAUACAUGUAUAUCAACUUGAACGAGAUGAAAUUAGACUUUGAAGCACUAGUAUAUGUGUUUUUCGUUUUGAUUCUAAAAGAGGGUAGCUCGCUUCCCAUUGUACAGCACGGUAUUUAUGGGACAAUAGAAUCCCCGGGUUUUCCUAAAAACUACUCACACAACCUCAACAUCACGUGGGAGACGUAUGGCCCUAUAGAUGCUAUAUCAUUGAUGGUGACUAUUCUUCAAUUCGAUGUCUACUACGAUCCUAAUUUUCCGUGUCAAGAUCUUCUGACGAUUUCUGAAGUGGAGACGAACUUUGACUUUUUUAACCGAUGUGGAACCAUCCCAGAGACAAACUACAUUGUUCUUGGAAACAAAUUGAAGAUCACGUUCAUAACUGAUGGAAAAAAGAAUGCAAAAGGAUUUCGGAUUCACUGGGAAGUCAGAGACUACAGAAAAGAAGGUAAAGAUCCAAUUGUCAAGGUUCUUUUCUGUCCCCCGUCACCUGUUACAACCAAGUCUCCAUUAACCACAGCAGCUCUAACAACUGAUGCUACACCUGGACCACCAGAACUCCUGGAGAAGCUGUCCUAUUCUUAUAUAAAAGAUGGGAUCAUCGGUGUUUUGUCCACAGCACUACUUGUUGUCACAGUGACGUUCUGUUGUCAUCGAAGGAAAAGUUCACCACCAAAAAGGAAGGCUGAAUACUCAAUCAGUUACAGGUCAUCCGAAUUUUCUUCGUUGGAAACUGAAUCACAAACCAUAUAUGAUUAUCCUCUGUCACUGGCCACGGAAGCUGUUGAUUAUUUGAGAAGCACAACGUCAUCAGGGUAUGCCAUACCGAGGCUAACCAUGACAGAUGACUGCAGUGAACCUCCAAUUUAUGGCAAUGUGAUUAUGGAAUCUGAAAACGAAAAUAUGGACGUUGAAUGCGAAUAUAUGAAUAUUUCCACGGCACAUCAACCCGAUGUCGGAAAGAGAGCCCAAUCAAGAGAGAAAUCUUUACAUCUUGACAAUUCCAUUUCACGGGCUGCGGUGCUCUCGUCCAAACGAAGUGCUCAAAAGCGAGCUAAUCGUUCAAAAAAUAAAAGGAACAAAAGCAAAAGAGUAGAAGAAAGUAAUUAUUUAAAUAUAACACCUAAGCUGCACUCCUACAUCGAGGUGGUGGAUGAUCCGACCGAUACUUUGUUUAGUAAUAGCUCCACUAGUAUGACGUCAUCAGGAUAUUCCAAACCAGUGGAAAACAAAGCCAAACUCCGGAGACAAUUGCAAUACUCCAGUAAGAAAAACACAACAGGAAGAGGUGUUACUGUGAAUUCUUAAUUGUGAUUUUAUUGAGCAAAUUUAUUUCUUCUUUAUCAAUAACUCAAAAAUAUAUGUAUAGAGAAAACAGUUAACUUUUUUUUUAUCAUAUUUAUGUGAAUGACAAUGUAGAACCCUUGCCUGUGAUCUUCAUUAUAAUCACUAUAGUUAUGAUGUUGAUUUUUAAAAUUUGGGAGACAAAAAUAAAAGAAGAUGGGGGACAAGGCGGGCAGAAUGCCUAUAGCGUCAGAUAUUAAGAAAUCAUAUUCAAUAUGUGAAUUGAAUUUUUAUAUUAACUUCUCAUUAUGGAAAUUUGUGAA